CUUCUUCACAAGGAAAGAGUAAGGGAGGAGCUCAACAAGCCAUGGAAGAAGCUCCACCCUUGUUUAGAUGCCCCAUUUCAAUGGAGCUAAUGGAGGACCCGGUCACCAUCUCGACCGGCGUCACGUACGAAAGGAAGAACAUCGAGAAAUGGCUCUUCACUUACAAGAAGUCGACGUGCCCUGCGACGAUGCAAUGCCUCAGAAAUCUUGACCUCACCCCUAAUCACACCCUCAAACGCCUCAUCACCUCAUGGCCACUGGAUCAUGAAGCCAGAACACCUACAGAAGCACCACGGCCAUGCCCGACAAAUGCUAUCGAGCAUGAGAACUUGGUAUCGCUGCUUACCUCCAUCGAGUCGACGCCCUUCAAGGUUAGUUCCCUGAAGAAACUCAGGUCGAUCGUGGAGAAGAGAAACGAGGUUCGAGAGAAUUUUCUUGAAUCGGGAGGGAUCCAGGCGUUGGGCCGCAUCAUGUUUCAGGUUGCGGCCGACAGCACAGACUUCACGACCUUCCGAGCUUGUGAGGAGGCCCUCGGAGUUCUCUCCCUCCUCCCAUUAUCUAACCAGGCAUCGGUGGAGCUCCUACUGAAGCCUGAGUGCAUGAAGCCCAUGAUGGUCAUGCUCCAGAGGGGAAGCGCUGAGGCUCGCCUCCACACCAUGGCCAUCUUGUUGAAGAUAUCGAAGACCAACCAUUGCUGGGCCCAUACGAUUGGUGAUCAAGGAAUGGAUGUCUUCAAGUCCUUGUUGGAGCUCUUAUCUGACGAGAUCUCGACCAAGCUAAGCUCAUGCUCGUUGGAUCUGUUGCUCGAGAUUGUCGCUGCUUCGAAGAAGAACCCUCUAAAGGCAAUUGAGGCAGGUGCAGUGUGCAUCUUGAUCGAGCUCCUCCCAGAUGCCAGGCAGCACAAUUGUGAGAAGAUAUUGUUACUGCUUAAGAGGCUGUGCGAGUGCCCCGAGGGGAGAUCAGCCUUUGCAGACCAUGGCCUCGGUGUCGCAGUGGUCUCCAAGAAGAUACUACGUGUAUCAGAGCUAGGGACCAAGUUGGGAGUAAAGAUCUUGUGGUUGAUGUGCACCUCCCUUCCUACAGAGAAGGUUCUUCAUGAUAUGAUGGUAUAUGGAUUGGUGGAGAAGCUAUUGGCGUUGUUGCACAUCGAGGGGCGGUCUUCGACCAAGGAGAAGGCAAUGAAGAUAAUUAGAUUGCAUGGUGGGGCGUGGAGGCAGUACCGAUGUUUCCCUUGCGAACUAAAGGAUUAUUUGAGAUUAAUGAAUCGCUCCUGAUCAUCAUUAGAACAUUCAUAUGAAUCACUCUCGAUCAUUAGAACAUCCAUAUGAUAUGCUAUUCUUCGUAGAGAUAAGUCUCCUGAUUUGGUGAAUUUAUUGUGCUGUGGUGUUCGGUUAUGAUAAUCUAUGGUUUGAUUGGUUGUUCCAUGUCAUGAAAUCUGUUUCUUCUAGAGUUAUGUGAUAAGAGAGUGAACUUAGCUUAUAGUUCUUUUACCUUCAUUUCUCUAUGUUGUAAUGUUGGGAAAGAGCUACUAGCGACAGCUAUGGCGCACCAUUCAACGUUAGAACAACCAAUACAACUAGAAACGGUAGGGAUCUAAUGUUAGUUCCUCAGGACCAGAAGAGCUGUUUUUCCUAUUCAGAAAGGGCCUAUG